AUGUCUGGUGUCUGGGUUUUCAAGAACGGCGUGGUCCGGCUGGUCGAGAACCCAGGCGCAGACGCCGUGGAGGGUGGUGGGCGGCAAGCAUCAGGGGUAAGGCGCAAGGUGCUGGUUCACAGCGCAACGAACGAGGUAAUCACCAAUUACGCCGCCCUAGAAAGCAAGCUUCGGUCGCUGGGAUGGGAGCGUUACUAUGAUGAUCCAGAGCUUCUUCAGUUCCACAAGCGGUCCACCGUGCACCUCAUUUCUCUGCCUAAGGAUUUCACCAAGUUCAAGUCCAUGCACAUGUAUGACAUAGUCGUCAAGAACAAGAACUCCUUUGAAGUCAGGGAUAUAUUCUAA